CAAAAGCCUCUUCCUUCUUCUCCUUUCUUCAUUGCAUAAUUCUGUGCUAAUUUUCUUUUUCCUCCUUAUUUCAUAAAUUCAGUGAAAAUAUAUUAUUAUGAACUUUAAUGUUGAAGUGUUUUUUAGUGUUUGAGCUCCAUGUCGCCUGUACUUAGUGAAAUCCUCCUUUCUGGAUUUACUGUAAACUCGGCCCUUCGUCGUCGUUCACACUUGGUUCAAUCUUUUUCUGUUGCCUUCCUCUACUGGUUUUAUGUUUUCUCAUGAAACGUAUGGAUGCUUAAUUAGCUUAUAAUUUAUACUAAUUAUAAUUAAAUACCAAUCCACUUUUUUUUGCCCCGUAUUUUCUUGCUAAAUAGUAAAUACCCAUAAAAAGUAUUAUUAUUUGAGUACAUAUCAUGGCUUCUCCAUGUGGAACUUGUUCAGGAUCAAGCACGAUUCAGAACUCUUCUGAAGACAAUUUGCAGCAUAUAAUGGACCAAAGGAAACGCAAAAGAAUGAUUUCGAAUCGCGAAUCAGCACGUAGAUCACGCAUGAGGAAGCAGAAGCAAAUGGAUGAUCUGAUGGAGAAAAUGAGUCAACUAAGGACUGAAAACUACAAUUUGCUUACCAACAUGAAUGUUGUUACUCAGCUAUACCUGAAUAUUGAGGCUGAAAACUCAGUUUUAAGGGCUCAGAUGGGUGAACUGAACCACAGAUUACAGGCUCUCAAUGAUAUAAUCAACUUCACGAACUGCACAGAAAACACUUUUGCUGAAUUUGAUGAAAAUGACAAUAUUUAUGCCUAUAAUGAGCAUAUGAUUAACGAGGAAGAUUUCUUGAAUCCAUGGAGUUUGCUUCAUGUUAAUCAGCCAAUCAUGGCCUCUUCUGAUAUCUUCAUGUACUGAUCUGAUAUUCAUGAUUUGAAUGAUGAAUUUUAUUCUCAUCACGCUUGUUUAUAUGCAAAUUUUCUUGGAUUUUCGAUAUGUUUUAUUACCAAAUGAAGGUUCUGUCUGUAUUUCUAAUACGAUUUGUCAUGCGGGGUGAACAACUAAUGUAUCUUUCAUUUACAAAAAUAGAAAUCAGAAGUCUGGGACCUGUUCUUGAAUUGUAAAUUGUUUAAGAAUUUAAGA